UAGUCAAACGAAUCAAACCAACGUCGUCCGGUCGAGAGCUACACAGCAUUAAUUGGCCGAAACCGUUCAUUGUGCUUAAACCACAUUGUGUAUACGAUUAUAAUUUAAUAGUGAUGUAAAAUUGUUACGAGGUGAUAAAUUUUAUGGAUAAUAUUCUCAAAAACGGAGAAUACUCGGUAGGUACCUACGCAGAUCGCGCCCGACCGUGACCGAGACUUAAACGUCCGCCGCUUCGCCUCGAGUUCGUCUGACUGUGCCGGGGCGAUAAACACAAAAAUAACAACGACUACAACAACAACAACAACAACAACAAAAACAACACAAACACAUAAUAAUAUUAUAUUAUAGUAACCCGUUUGGCGGCGUCGGUGUCGGUAGGUAUAUCGGCAACCGCAGGAACAGGAGCAGGAGCAACGGUGUCACCGCCGCGGUCCAUUGUCUGCGCGCACGUUCAUUGUGUCGUCGACCGUCACCGCACAGCGACACGCCGCACAUCAUCGUCGUCGUCGUCGUCAUUUGGCUCGACCAUGGACCCAGCGACGGUCGCGCUGAUAUUGUUGUCGUUCUCGGCGCUCGCCAUUGCUGGCACCGGCAAACCGCGCGGCGCGUUCGGUUACCCGGACGACGAUCACGUGAUCAUCACUCAGUACGGGCCGAUGCGGUACGAACCGAUCACGGCCGACCAGAUGAACAGACCGUACGACGCCGACGACGGCGGCGCGAAGACCGCUCCGUCCGGCCGCGGCUACUACAAGGCCGAGGUGAUACCGUUGGACAUGAACACCUGGAAGCCCGCGGCCGGCGCCGACGGCCACUGGGUCGGCAGAUCGGCCGCCGGUGGCCGGGCCGAUUCGUUCGACGUGCCGCUCCGGGUCGGAUAUUCGGUGCGUCCCGCGGCCCGACGACGCCGGCACGAUUACCUGUUGAUGGGUUAUCGGCCGAGACCGCAACAACCGCAGUGGAACCAUCGCGAUCCGCAGCCGGUCGUCCCGCGGCGACGCGUCGACACCGCCGUCCCGUUGGAGGUACCGAUCCGACCGCGGUUUUUUGAAGGAAGGGCACAGUUUGCCUGAAGCCUGAUACAAUGAACCAAUAACGAACUAUGAGCACUGUGUGUGGACAUAAGAUUUAAAAUCAUGUAUGUGUAUAUGUGUUAAUUCUACGCUGAUAAAACUCUUUACUUAUUACUCGUUAUGUAUACCGACGAAGUAAAUAUUAUAUGUGGUACAUUAUUUUAAUAUUGUGAUUUUAUGUCGAUGUUCUGAUUUUUAUAUUUUAUGUGUUACUCUAUAAUAAAUCGUAAUACAAAAAUGGAAUACGUCUUACGCUUAACAAUACAAAUAAAAUAAACGAUUCCUCCCAAAACAUAAUAAUAUGUUACAAUAAUAGUAAUAGUUAAAAUUAAUGAUAAUUAUUAUUAUGCUAAUUGCUUCUAAAAAAUAACUCUGUUAUACGUUUAAGUAUAUUAUGUUUUAUUGUUGAAAUAGUAAUAAUGAUAAUAUUAUGAUGAUAUUAUGUUGAUGUCAGCAGGAGUGAUCUAAAUUAUUUUAAAUUUAAGCUAUGUUAUUGUCGUUAUCAGCGUACUUACCUAUAGAACUAUGUCAUAAAAAACAAUGUAUUAAACUACUUUAAUAGGCAAUAAACAACUAAUAACUAAAAUACACUUUUCUCGACCUAGAUAUUAAUUAAAAAAUGAUUUAUUUUAUUUAGUAAAAACUAGUUUUGGUAAUUAAUUUAUUACGUAUCCGUGUGUGAAUAUUUUUGUACGUAAUAUAUUUUGUACUUAUA